AUGAGUCAAGACGAUAUACUUCAAUCGACUAAAUCGGUUAUUCAGGGUCUGGACGCUCUGAAGAAUGAACAUGGGAAAAUGCUGGAGAAUAUUCUUGGUUCGACGCAAAAGUUUUCCGCCAUGGAAACCAACAAAUUGGAGGAAAAGGUUGGCCUAUUGAGAAAAUCGAUGGAUAUGAUUGAAUUAGGAAUUGGUGAAGCGCAAGUAAUGAUGCAAUUAGGAAAUCAUCUACAAAAUUUAGAAGCCGAAAAACAUAAACUACGUACACAAGUCAAACGCUUAUGCCAAGAAAACGCUUGGUUGCGUGACGAGCUUGCUUCAUCGCAAAAGAAACUACACGAGUGCGAACAAACCAACGUUGCCUAUGCCGUAGAAAUCGAGCAUUUGAAGUUUCUCAAAGAUGUUAAACAGUUCGAUGUCGAUAACGAAAACUUAUCGUCUCAAACAACAUCAGGAACGAAUGGCAAUCAGCCGAAUAGCAAUCAAGAUCUGGUCAAUGAUCUAUUUCCAUCCGAUGAUAAUGAUAAUGGACAAGACAUUUAUGGUGAUCAACAGGACAUGAAUGGUGGUAAUCAAUCUGAUCAUUCGAAAAAGUUUGGUUCAUAUGCCGAUCUACUAAUGUCACAUUCACAAUCAGCAACCGGAUCAUUCAUUUCAACAACUGGCUACGAAAUUCCUGCGAGACUGAAAACACUACACAAUCUGGUGAUUCAAUAUGCGUCUCAAGGUCGCUACGAAGUUGCUGUACCUCUAUGUCGACAAGCACUCGAAGAUCUCGAGAAGACAUCUGGACAUCAACAUCCUGAUGUUGCCACUAUGCUGAACAUUCUUGCACUUGUUUAUCGAGAUCAAUCGAAAUUCAAAGAGGCAAGUUCGUUACUGAACGAUGCACUUGCUAUUCGAGAGAAGACACUUGGACCUGAUCAUCCAGCUGUAGCAGCUACAUUAAACAAUCUUGCUGUUCUCUAUGGUAAACGAAAUAAGUUCAAAGAAGCAGAACCGCUUUGUAAACGUGCAUUGGAAAUUCGAGAGAAGUUCCUUGGUCCUUCUCAUCCUGAUGUUGCUAAACAGCUCAACAACUUAGCAUUACUCUGUCAAAAUCAGGGCAAAUACGAGGAAGUUGAAACCUACUAUAAGCGCGCAAUAGAUAUCUAUACGAAAAGCUUGGGCCCCGACGAUCCAAACGUUGCUAAAACAAAGAAUAAUUUGGCGUCAGCUUAUCUAAAACAACAGAAAUACAAAGAAGCUGAGCAACUCUACAAAGAUGUGUUAACUCGCGCCCAUGAAAAAGAGUUUGGCGCGUCUCCUCAAGAUUUGUCGUCAUCAACAAAUGCAAGCGGUGGACCCUACGAUGCACAAGGCGGAUGGUACAAAACGAUACGUGCAGAUACACCAACAGUAACGACAACAUUGAAAAAUCUGAGUUUGCUGUAUCGACGACAAGGGCGAUAUGAAGCAGCUGAUACUUUAGAAAAUUGUGCGUCACGCGCACGAAAAGAUCCUCAAGCUCUUACUCAAGCGUUGCAACUAAUAAAACAAAGCAAUAGUCUAUCAUAA